AUGGCCCGCCCGUGCGGCUGCCGCCUCCCAGGGUCGGCCGCCCAGGGUGCCCAAUUCUCAAGACGCUUCCCCCUUUUCAGAAUCUCCGCCAACCUCCGACUCCGCAUCCCCUCCGCCUUCCCACGCCCCUCAUCUCCCAUCCCAUCCGCCAAAUCCUCCCUUGCCUCCCUGCGACCCGGAGGCGAUCAUUGCGGAGAAUUUUUCAACCAGAAAAUGGGGAACACUGGCGUGGUGGCGAGGGGGGAGCGACGCGUGGUCAUGGGGGGCAUGGGCACGAGCGUGGGCCCCCUGGGAGUGGUUGACGAGGGUCUGACGGUGGCGAUCAGACUGGGGGAGAUGCGGUUCCGAGUGUCCAAGUCGGAGGUCGCCAAGUACCUGUGGCCGGCGAUGGGGCUGGCGGUGGCGGGACUUCUCGGGGCAUUGUUCAUUGGCCCCUUCGUCCUCGCCUUCCUCAUUCUGGCUGGCGCGGUGCUCACAAGCCUCUCAGUGGUGGGGGCUUUCAUGGCGGCCAUCUUCGUCAUGCCUGUGUCCAUCAUGUUCGGACUGGCGGCGCUGACGACACUGGGAGGGCUGGCCUUUGCCGCGGCUGCAACUGGGCUCACCGUUCUCGCGUGGUUUGCAAUGGUUUCGCUGGCGCAGAAUAUGGAGUUAGGAAGAGUCACAAUGAAGCGCGGAGCGAGGGCGAGCGCCUCAACGCCUGGCUCUGAUUCCCUUGAGGAAGAUGAGGACUGGAUUAUGGAGAUUGAAGAGAGAGACAGGGAGAUCGCGCAGGAAUUGAGGGACUUCGACGAUCGCCUGUCAAGUACCUGGAGGGAUCGACAAUUGUAA